AUGACUGACAGAUACGAAGACGUACUCCCCCCACCCACCUACGAGACGGGUGGAAGUGGUCACCUGAUGAGCUCCCUGUUGCAGAUGCCGCCGCCAUUGCAUUCGUCCUCCAUCAACAACGACGUCUUCGACGACAUGAUCAACUCGCACCUGGCGUCGCUCGGCAAUGGAUGCUCACUUCCUGUCAGCUCGUCUCUCUCACAGUAUUCUCACAUGAUCAACACGCAAAGCUUCUCAGGUACGCAUUUGUCAGAAACCGAUCAGGAUAAACAGGCAAUUUACGCCCACCCACUGUUUCCCCUUCUUGCGCUCAUUUUUGAAAAAUGUGAGCUGGCGACUUGCGCGAGAAAGGUGGCGGGUGACCCUAUUUGCUCUUCUGAAUCAUUCAAUGAAGAUCUAGAAUUAUUCGGUAAAGAGCUGGCUGCUAACGGCGGCUCGAUAUUCACGAACAAUCAAGAAGUAGACAAUAUUAUCAUUCAGGCUAUUCAGAACUUCCGUUUUCACUUACUAGAGCUCGAAAAAGUGCACGAACUCUGUGAUAAUUUCUGUGAACGCUAUAUAACGUGCUUGAAGGGGAAAAUGCCCCAAGAUUUAAACGUAGACGCUCAAGGCGAUGACGAUGAUGCUUCAUCUAAACUUUCAAAUAGUGCUUUUGAUCCUACAGAUGACGAUAGCGGCUCAGACCACCGACCGUCCUCCGUCGGCUCCACCAAUUUCCUGGAAAUGGAUGACGUAGCGUCCGCAACGCCGAGCGAGUUUCCGACGAUGUCACAGCCUGCGGCCAGCUUAACGAGCGGUGUUGAGCCGACGGGAGCGACGAAUGAGCCGGCUGUCGUCGUCAAAACGGAGUCAAAAGCACCGCCCAAGGGGCGCGGUAUUAAACGCGAGCGCGAAGAUAGUGAGGAGUAUAGCAGAGGUUCGGAAGAAAGUAACGGUGACAAUAAUUGUGAAUCUUCGUCCGGUUCCGGUGGAAAACAGGCUGGAAAGGGAGCGAAACGGCAGAAGAAGCGCGGAAUAUUCUCAAAGACAGCCACAAACAUCCUGCGUGCGUGGCUGUUCCAACAUUUGCAGCACCCGUAUCCAUCUGAGGACCAAAAGAAACAGCUUGGUGCUGAAACUGGACUUACAAUCUUGCAAGUGAACAACUGGUUCAUUAACGCCAGACGGCGUAUUGUGCAGCCAAUGAUCGACCAGACUAACAGGAACGGCCCCGUGCCGCACUCACAUCCGGGUUACUACCCGGAAACCGCGUCUCCCAUGGAUAACCAGCUUGGGCAGUCGUCUGCCCACCACAGACUCUCUAGUCACAUGACCGGAAGUAUACCAGUUAGCACCAUGGGAAAUGGACUCUCUAGUCAGUACGGCAGCGGUCUGCACAGCUCCAUGUCUCACAUGCCCGGGGGGUACUCGAGCAGUAUUUCCGGAAGUGAGCACUACGACCCACUGAAGCCGGUUUACCCAACCCCCACUUACAUGGACAGCUCGGUCUCCAGGUACAACUCAAUGAUGGGGGGAAUGGGGAUGCCGUGUUACACCGGAAAUGACAUGUACGCCAACCCAUCUCUGGGCGCUCCUACCUACUACAACCUGCCCCCAACCGAACUCUAGUGUCUCACUAGCAAAAACAUGUGAAGCUAUGGAUCAGGUGCGAAUGCUGUCAUAGUGUAAUUGAAACGGAAGGUGUUUCGUGCGUAACUGAACAUUUAAAGAGCAUAAUUGCAGUUUUCGACUGUUUGAUUUGUUUUGUGUGUGAAAAAAAUAUGAUUGUUACAGUUUGAAAAGUGUCAUACUAUACAUUAGCUACCAAGUGUCAAGAUAUUGUGAGGAGAAAAAUGCAACGUUUUCCGCUAAACUUGUGGCUUUUCUUGCACGGUGAUUUAAUUUAAUUAACGUUGAUAUUAGUAGUCUGUUAUUCAUUUGACUCUGUUGCGGGGAUGAUUUAUGGCAAACAUUCCAAACAAUGAACGCUUGUUUAAGUCGAAAAAUAAUUUAGCUCGCUAAAUUUGUAACUUUCAAAGAUGUAUAAAUUAAUUAAACCUGGCAGUGUUAAUAUAGCCAUAAAUUGUCCUCGUGAGUGUGUUUCGUUGUGAAUGCAGAGCAAUAGUA